UAUUCGUUAGUCGAUUGGUUAAGUUUCGGUUGUACACCUCAAUUUGGCGACGAGGGAAAUUGGUUUUUUUCGCGAAAUUCAAGUGUUAGAGUGAGUACAGGCUGCGAAAUUGAUUUUCGGCAGAAGGCCAGGAAGAAAUUCUAGUGGUGUAAAGUGGUUUUUGGUACCAGCAGCAGGAAUAUUUUCCGCAAUAAGGCUGGAGAUUUUUUUGGCUUGAGUGCAUUCUGGGGGGUAGAUAUCCAGCUGCAGGAAUAAUUUUCCGCUUUCUGGCUGGUUGAGUGUUGGUGUUGAACAAAAGUGAAAACUUGCUUCCCUCGGACUUUUGGUUUUUGGAAGUUUUUGGUCGGCUUGGUGGCACCAUUUUGUACGAGGACGCAUCGUUUUGUGACUCUGAACGGGGUGUUCAUCAUCUGACAAAGCCAACAAGUUGAUUUGUCUGAUCGGCUAAGGUCGAACGACAACUUCAACGGUUCUUCGGGAAAUUUGGUAAGCGUAUCGGAUUCUUUUAAUUACUUGAUUGCUGAAGAAUAUUUAACCGAUCUAAAUAUAGAAUUGGAUUUUAUCUCGAGCAUAAUUUGAAGAUUCUAAAGUUUCAUAGAUAUCAAUACUCGAUUACUGUCGGGGACUACUAAUUACAAUGGCGAAUACCAAUUCUAGCAAUUUUAUUGCGCUAAUUGAACCAUUUAGAAGAGGUUCUUCUUUUUCGAAUUGGAUUGAGAGAUUGAAGUUCUGUUUUCAAGUUAAUAAUAUUCCGGAUGCUCAACGUAAACCUUUACUGUUCACCUUGGGUGGUCCAGUUGUUUUCGAUGAGCUAAUGCUUCUUUAUCCUAAUGGUCAAUUAGCUAAUGCUGACUAUGAGGAUAUUAUAGAUAGAUUGAGGCAAAGGUUUGAUAAAAAAGAGAGCUCAAGAAUUUUGAGAUUCCGUUUUACAACAAGAGUUCAGGAGCCUAACGAAACCUUAGAGGAUUUUAUACUUUCUUUAAAAAUGCAAGCGGAAUUCUGCAAUUUUGGGGAUUCAAAAUCAAGCAUGAUUUUGGAUCGCAUAGUAGCUGGGGUCAGGGAUGUGAAUUUGCGUCAGCGAUUGUUGAUAGAGCAAAAUCUCACUCAGGAAAUGGCAGAGAAUCUGGUCGCAACCUGGGAGAUGGCUCAAACGAAUGCUUUUGCCAUGGGUGGACAGGGUCCAACGAGUGGCAUAGGUCGUUAUGGUCAGGUGGCAAAUUUAAGGGGACCAGUAAAAAGCAGAUUGGGAUCCAGACCAGCUAUAAGAGAUCGUCCUUACGAUAACAGAAAUCAGCAAUAUCAUGGAGGAUUCGAUAGAAAUCAGCAGAGAAGAUACACUGGAACUAUUCCAAAAACAACUGAAGGAAAUUCAUCCUAUCAGGAAGACAGAAAACGGAGACCGGAUUAUAGGAAUACAAUUUGCGAUUUUUGUAAGGUAAAAGGGCAUCCGAAAAGGAAGUGUUUCAAGCUGAAGAAUUUGAAGAAACAAGCUAUUAACUUUGUCGACAAUUUAAACCCGAGCAGCGAAAAUGAAUUGAGCGCGUUGUUCAAUCGCAUGAAACCAAGAGUUUCAGAUUCGGAUAGUGAUGAUAGCGACGAUACAGGUAGUUUUCAAUGCAUGCAUUUGGCUUCAAUCAAUGGUAUUAGCGAUCCAUGUCUGUUAACCUUUGAAAUUGAAGGCAAAUUAAUACAAAUGGAGGUUGAUUGUGGUUCUUCUGUAACGGUGAUGGGUAUUAAUCAAUUUAAUGCUCUUUUUGGGAUGAAACUAAAAAAAACUGAAAAAAGCUUAAUAGUAGUAAAUGGUUCUAGACUGCGGAUUGCAGGAGAAGUCAAAGUAUUGAUACUUGUUGGAAACGCAGAAAUAAUGGCCCAUCGGCGACAAGUCCGGACAACUAAGAAGGAACAUCCGGUCUUCCAGCCGAACGUUUGGACGCGUAGUACCGUGACUGCGGUAAAUGAAAACAUGGAGAAAAUGCCGAGGAAAUCUGAAGCGAAGCCAUCGCAGCGACUUUCACGAAAGCGAAAACAACAAGAGUCACUGGCUAAUUCCGGGGACACACCUGAACUACGGCAGUUCACUAAUAACAACGCGCUGACGCGGCGACUUCAGCGAAACGCGACCGACACGUACGAAGUUUAG